AUGAGCUUCAAGACCAGCCUGGGAAGCGAAAUCACCCAGAAGUUCAAGUUCGUCCACUACGGCAAGAAGGCCACCACCUACAACUGCAGAGUCGAGAAGAUAGGCAGAAGGCACCGGUUAACGUCGAUCCCAAGGCCAAGCAGCCGCUGCCCUCCAUCGACUUCACUCUCUAGGCUCCCACCGUCCAGUGGCGAAUACGUGGGCAUCCUCAACGGCUACGCCACGCUUCCCCAGCCUAAGGGCCCCUUCAAGAUCGCCGGCGCCAAGCCUCCUCCCAUCGACUUCAAAAACCCCUUCUUCGAGGCAUUCGAGUUCACGGUGCGCAUCGACAAUCCGUCCUUCACCUCCGCCGUGAAGAGUCCAGUGAAGGUGGACGGCAAGAAGGUGCUGAGCAUCGGCCUCAGCUACAAGCAACUUCUCCUCCACUUAGAGCGGCUGGCUCGCAUCAAGAACAUCCGCCAAAUCACCUACGAGGACGGCAGCGUAUACGUGGGGCAGCUCGACGACAACACCAAGGACGGCACCGGCCUGCUCUCCAUCCCCGACGGAUCCGUCUACAUGGGCGAGUGGAGGGACAACAACUACAACGGCGAAGGCAUCUACAUCUACCCCGACGGCGAACGCUACGAAGGCGAGCUCGAAAACGGGCAGAAGAGCGGCUUCGGCAAGAUGUAUUACUCCAGCGGAAACUUCUACCAGGGCAACUGGGAGGACGGCGAGAAGAACGGUCCUGGAGAGCAGGUCUACACAAACGGCGAGAAGUACGUGGGCGAGUGGAGCGACGGCGAGAGGAGCGGCGCGGGCAAGCUGCUGCUCAACAACUAG